CCUUGAUGCGCCGGUAUCGAGCGAUCGGUACAUCACAGACCGGCCCCAGUCGUUGUGGUCCUAGUUAUUUGAUUUUGGAGGUGGCACCACCAUGGCGGAGAAGACAAUUGAGUCACUGUCCAAGGCACUGGGCUGCGUGCAGCAACUGCGCACCAGCGUAUGCGAUGUUUUCCGCUACCUGGCUGAGGGCAAUGCUGAACCAUGCGAUGACGACGCCCAACGCAAGCAGUACGUGGUCGGCCUGAAGGAGACACUGAACGUGGUGACCCGCAAGCUGCAUGACGUGGAGGAGGGUGUUAAUGUGCUGUCUAUGCCACCCAACACUUUUCAGUUGGGCAACACGGGCCAGCUGAGUCAUGACCCGACGCAGGACAUGCAGCUGCUGUAUGGCCAUCUGCUCGACAGCUACAAGUGGACGGAGAAGGUGCGGGACUAUGCCUCGUUUGCCAGCCCCGUGUGGUCGCAGAACGGCGUCAAGCGCUCGCAGAACCUGGUGGUGAAGAAGCGGCGGCUACAGAUGCAGACGAGCCACUGCCAGCCGCAGCAGCACGUGGACGCCAUCUUGAACACGAUCGGGCGGAGCUUCAUGGACAUGGGGCUGCUGAUCAGCCGGCCUUGCGGUGCCAACUCGGCCGUCGUGCAGGUCACGCUCGACCGCGUCCUGCAGGCCGUCAUCACCUUCAAAGGCCUGCUCAUCGAGUGGGUGAUGAUCCGCGGCUACGACGAGCCCAUGUCCACCGAGGACGGCCGCGUCGACCUCUGGACGCCCUCCGACUACCACGUCUUCCGCAAGGUGUCUGAGAACGCGCAGGCCGCCAUGGUGCACUACUACGGCCCGCUGCACCCCGAGUUCUCAGCGCGUUCGUACUUGACCUGGAUCCACAGCUACGUGAACCUAUUCUCGGCGCCUUGCGUCAAGUGCGGCAGCCGCCUGCAGAACGCCAUGCCGCCCACGUGGCGCGACUUCAAGUCGCUGCAGCCCUACCACGAGGACUGCAAGUCCUGAGCGUCCGCUGUUCUCCGGACGCGGGCGCGCGCGCCGAGGCCGGCGUGGCGUACGCCGUGAGCUGGGUCGGUGACUGCGGCGGAGCUGCGAGGGUGCGAGUGAUGACCGGCCUGCCAGCUGAGACGGGGCUGUGAGGGCGCGGCGAUGGCCACUGAGGCGGGGCUACGCUGCGGCCCGCCGCCGGUGAGACGCGGCGGACUGGCGUCGGUAACGGCGGCCUGUGUGAUGACCUCCGGUCACCCUGGUGUCACGAUCGCCAUCGCUGCCUCCGGGGUCAGCGCCGCCUGCGGAGACCAGGUGACCUGGCGGCACGGCGCGGUCACCGCGCGGUGGGAUCUCGCUGAUGAAACAGUCCCCGAAGCCGAGUGCACCUCGACGUGCCGGCUGGCCCCGGCAUCGCCACCGUGCCGGGUCACGUGCUCAGGGUGCUCAAUAGCGACAGUAGUCGAGGUGGUUGUUUGCCGGACUGGACGCUGGUUCAGGGCAUGGCAUACUCGUGUGACAGCUUGGCAAGCUGUGCCCAGCUGGCGCCGCCUCUGGUGGGAAGUGUUCAUCUCCGAAGCAUGCAGGCAGCAGCAGGGAUCGUUGGUUCUCUGCACGCCGGCAUCAUGGUCCUAUGAGUUUGUAUGCAUCAUCUGUCAUCAAUAUAAUGUAAACAAG